GGCACUUUGUAGUGGCACGGCAUCCUGUUUUGUUUGCCACAUAUAACAAAAAAAAAACAGAGCAUCAGUUGAGGAUCAGGAGUAUGUGUGACAGCUGAGACCCAGCAGUGACCAAACGCAGCACACAGGUAACAUGAUGGAGGUAGCAGGUCCCUGGACAGAAGUAUUCGAGGGUUCGGAGAGGAAUGAGAAAUCCGGAGGAGCAGAGACAUUACUGGGAAGCUCCACUCUGACCCUCGCUCCUCUGAUCGCUGAUUCUCCCUCCGUACGCCGCUCCCAGCCCAUCCUCAUCACCUCAAACAGGGUAAAAGGUGUAGAGUCAUUCUCUUCUUCUGUCCCGUCCAUACCAAACCCCUUUCCAGAGCUGUGCAGCCCCUCAAACUCACCGGUGCUCAUUAAUUCACUUCCACCGCCGUCAAGUGACAGAAAUUUGAUAAAGGUGUACGGUGAGGACAGCCACAGCAGGAAGGUGUAUGUCUCUCGAGGAGCCACAGCCAGAGAUGUUUGUCACAUGUUGGUCCAGAGGGCUCACUGCAGCGAUCAGGAAAACUGGGCUCUCCUCGAACUCCACCCCACCCUGGGCCUGGAGAGAUGUCUGGAGGACCACGAGGUUGUGCUGGAUGUACAGGCAAACUGGUCCCUCAAGGGUGACACACGGUUCGUUUUCUGCAAAAACUACGCCAAAUAUGAGUUCUUCAGGAAACCAAUGCUCUUCUUCCCUGAGUCCAUGAUAUCCGACAGUGCCGAUGUCAGCAAGGGGAUGACAUCGUCAGAGCUCAUUCAGAACCUGCUCCGGUCCGGCACGUGUCCGGAGAUUCAAGGUUUCCUGCAGGUAAAAGAAUCGAGCCGUAAAGCCUGGAAGAAAGUCUACUUCUUCCUCCGACGCUCCGGCCUCUACUGCUCCACCAAAGGCUCCUCUAAGGAGCCUCGGCACCUGCAGUAUGUGGCCGAUCUGGAAGAUUUGAACGUGUACACUGUGGUGAACAGCCGUAAAUUGUACGGAGCACCUGCGGACUUCACCUUCUGUAUUAAGCCCUCAAGAAACCCCGUCCGUGCUCAGGACCUGAAGAUCCUCUGUGCUGAGAGCGAGCAGAUACGGACUUGUUGGACAUCCGCGUUCAGAUUGUUCAAGUAUGGGAAACAGCUUCAGUGUAACUACCAGCUAUCCAAGUCAGCUCCACGAAGCCUGGAAGGAUCAAACCUCCCAGAUAACAAAUCAAAGUCGGAGGACAGCUUGGUUGCCAUGGACUUCUCGGGGAAGGCUGGAGGACGGGUCAUCCAGAACCCAACGGAGGCUCAGAGCGCAGAGAGGGAGGAGGGCCAAGCCUGGAGGAGGAGAGAAGCCCUGAGGUGCAGUCUGCCCAACCUGAACUCUGCUGCACGACCUCCCUCGAUCCACAAGAUCCAGCCGUGGUUUCAUGGCGGCGUGUCGAGAAAAGAAGCACAGAGACUGAUAGAGAAGCAGGGGCUGGUAGACGGGAUGUUCCUCAUUCGUGAGAGCCAGCAGCACGCACAGUGCUUUGUCCUCUCACUGUGUUAUAAGCUGAAGACCAAACACUACCUGGUUAUCCCUUGUGAGGAUGGCGGCAGGAAGUACUACACCAUGGACGAUGGCUUGACUCUCUUCAUAGACCUCCUGCAGCUGGUGGAGUUCCACCAAAUCAACAAGGGCAUCCUUCCCGUCUGCCUCAAACACCCCUGCGUCUGUGUCGCACUAUGAAUCCGUUGUUCACUUCACACAUAGCCUGUCUGACCUCUGCCCACGUUGGCCCACGAUACCUUAACAUAACCUCUCCUCCUGGCCCAGGAUCAGUCAUUAAGACCCUUCAUUCAAGUCUAAAGUGUGAGCCCCAAUCUAAGUCAUCAGAUUGCGUCGAUAUCUGUUCAGCACUGUUGAUAACAACCGUGCUACGUGCCAGUGCAGUGCAAAGGUAUGUAGUCCAUGUGAUAAUGUUUUCAGGCUUGUUACACGUGGACUCAUGGGAAGCGUUAGCCAGACAUAAAGCACAUUGUCUGAUCACCUCAGCCUCUCCUCCUCUCUUUAGCAUUUUUAAUUAUACUCCACUACAUGUGUGGCUCCAGACAGUGGUUGGUUUUUUAUUUUUAAUUAAUGAGCUGCUGUCUCCGUGGAGGCGGCUUAAUUAGCCGUGUUGGACAGACUUUUAGCGCUUCGGGGAUCUUUGGAGAAAGAGCAACUGUUAAAGUGUAGAUUCAGACACAUGCAGCUGUGAUGGCUGGCAGGUUCAGGAUGAGCACAGGGAAACGUUUGACUGUGGUUGCACCAGAUGUCAGUGAAGAGGUGAUCGAUUGUGGCCACCAGAGGGCACUAUGCAGCCAUCAACCCUCAAGAGAGGAAUUUAGAUGUUUUAAUAGCAGUGUCAUGUAAGAAAUGAACACAUGCAGUUUUGAUAUUAAUACUGAAGAGAAAUAUGAUGAUGUAAUCAUGGAAAUACCCCAGAUUGCAAUAAUGUAGCAUGUAAAUUCUUAUUCUUCUGUCUUUGUUGUAUUUUGUACAUGAACUUCUUAUUUGUGCCGUAAUCUCACGUUAUAUUUUAAUGACAACCUUUAUUAGUAUAACCGUAAGCACUCUUCCAAUGCUAUAUUUGCACAGUUAUGGUGAAGGGAAACUGCAUUGUCUUGUGUGUUAAGAGCUUAUCACAAAAAGGGCUGUGACUAACGAUUAUCAUUCCUAUAUUUUAUUGUUCGGUUUGUCAGAAAAUUGUGAUAAAUGCACCGCACAACUUCUUAAAGCCAAAGAAGAUGCCUUUAAAUUGUUUGUUUUUUUCAACCUACAAUAAAAAAAGUCCAAAGAUAUUUGAUUUGUUAUCACCUACGACAGAGAAAAGCUGCAAAUCCUCACAGUUGAAAUACUGGAACCAUGUGAUGUUCAACUUUUAUACUAAAGAAUGGGCUUACCAGUAUAUGAUUAAUCAAUUCAAUGUAUUAGUUGAUCAGCUAAUCUACAAAGUGACUAAUCGUUGAGUGUUCAUUCUCGACCUGGGAAACCGUUCAUAAAGAAAACUCAAGGUCCACUAAAUAAGAGAACUCACUCUUCUAAUAUGCAGUUAAAGCAAAUGGAAAAAAAGCCAGUAAGUGAACGUUGAGUUGUGACUUUAUUUGAACAUGUUUUCUUUUACCUUAAAUAUUUUGCACUUCCUGUUUAUGUUUUGUUUUUAGGAUCCUCUGAUAAAAUGUCGGCGUACUGAAUAUCCAAAUAUUGUCAUUAAUCAUUCAGUCCAACAGGCCAGUUUUCUACUCACCUAUGGAAACAAAACCAGGUUUCAAGUACUGUAGCUGUGUAUCACCAUUGCUGAAUGUGUCAAAAAGUUUUUGUACAAAUACAUUCAAAUGUGUGAAUGUGGAAAAACAUUUUCAUCAAAUGAAUUUUAAAUAUUUGAAUGUGUAAAAAAACAUCUGAACAAAGCUGAUUUGAACUAUUUAACAUCAUAUUUUACUAGCUGAUGAUCAUGUUUGUAUAAUAUGUAAAAUAACUGCUGUCACACAGUGAUGGACAGUUGAGCACAUGUACUCCAGUAGUAUACCUCACUACAAUAUUAAGAUGCUUGAG